GUCGUUCGUAUCGUCCUAUUUUAUCAUCACAACCUGCAAGCAAGACCGACUACAUCAAUGCAGUGUUCGUUCCGAGUCUCCAGAGCUAUGAUGGAUAUAUAGUCACUCAAUGGCCCCUCCUGCACACUGCUGAUGACUUUUGGACGAUGAUUUACGACUACAAAUCUAUGGCUAUUGCUAUCCUGGAUAGCGAUGCUGAUACCAAUGAUCCAAAACUGAUGCCAUCACAGGAAGAAUCAGAAAUAACAGCAGGGAAUUUUACUGUACAAAUAUCUGGUAACUCCCGAACUGAGAGUUCUGUAGCGAUGACAGAAGUCUGCCUCUCUAAAAUGGGAGAUGAUGCUUCACACAAAAUCAAGAUAUUCCGAGUUUGUAACUGGCCCCAGGAUCAGCAAAAGUGUGCCGAGGGGCGCGUCACAGAGAUUGCGUACGCAGUACAUGAAUGCCAGAGAAACUUUACUUCCGGCGGUCCUGUCACUGUCGUUUGCAGGGACGGGUCUUCAAAAUGUGGGAUAUUUUGCACUGUUGCAAAUGCUAUUGAAAAUAUCAACCUUAACCAGCAAGUCAGUCUGAUUCAGGUGGUGAGACAGCUUCAGUUGCGACGCCCAUCUUUCAUCAGUACCUAUGAGAGUUACGUCAUGUGCAAUCGAGAAGUAAAGGUACACUUCGAUGCGUUGUCAGAAUACCAAAACUACGAAGGACCAUCAUCCUAGGCCACAGAUUAAAAUUGCAGUCGCGUCUUUAAGCCACAGUGCAAUGUAAAAACCAAUCAAACUGACAGCAUUUUCUACAUUUAGAUAGAGAAACAUGCUCAUAUCAGCAACAUUGACAUUUCCCCGCUACAAGUAUGGAAUAAAAAAUAUUCGUAUCAUUAUCAACAGACUUGAUAGAAAAAUGGUAUUCAAUGUUCAUAAUUCAACUUCUACAGUUUUGCAAUGGUAUUCUAUAAUAAUUAUAUACAGUAAUAACUGUAUUGCAAGGUACUAAAAUAUACAUUUGUAUAUCUGAUACUGAACCUAAAGUAGGACUAAUGGAACUAGUGCUGUUAUGCCUCUUUUGGUCUUUCAAUCAAACAUGAAAUAUGUUAUUAUCAAUAUUUUUCUGUCAGUAACAAUCAUUAGUGGUCUCUUAACGAUUUCGUGUAUGCAACAAUGAAUACAGACUUUUUACAUUGAAUUGAGCUGUAAUCUGUUCACUAGUAAUAUCAAAAUUUAACAGAAAUUACUCAGCAAAAUGUUUCCUUGGUUAGUAAUAUUAUAUUGCUAUUAUUUAGCCUAUUUUCCGGUCACCUGAAAUUUCGUCUUAGUUGACUGUGCAGUUGCCUUUUGGUCACUGUCGUUUGUCAUGGGUAAUUCGUCUGUAAUCAAUUGACAUUUUCGACUUCUCCAAAACCCCUAAAACAAAUUUGCAGAAACGUUCUAAGGCCGAAGGUGAACUAAAAUUUAGAAUUACGUGGUCGCCACAUACAGAGGCAAUGAAAACGGGAUGAAAAUGAGUCACAUGGUUUUAUAUUUCCAAAAUUACAUUUUGAUCACAACUUGAAUAAUUUACAUUGGAUUUAUACACAGGUGCUUAGAACUUUCAGCAUUUGAUGAAAUAAAUUUGCAUAACAUUAAUUUCAUGCAAAUGUUAUGUUACAAUAACCUAAACGAUAGUUUUUAAAGGUUACUGAUGACUGAUGAAAAAGUAACAAUCGAAGUAGUAAUAUUAUUUCAAGUUAGAGUCUCACAUUUUUCAUUGUUGCUUGUAUACUAAUUCUUUAAUAUACAUACAAACAUACAUACGAACGAAUAUACCAUUUGAGAUUUGAUUAUUACUACACUGCUAGAGAACAAGUUUCCUUUGUAAAUAUACACAUAGAUAAAGAUUAUGUAAAAAAUUAAAUACCUAUAUAUCACACAACUCAUAUGAUUUAUGGUAACA